AUGAGGUGCAACCAGAGAGAGGUUUAUGCUAGGGACAUAGAUGCUAUAAGGAAGAAGGACGGAGUUAGCAGUUCGAGUUCGCUUGCAUCACUGAACCCGUUGUUAGUUGAUGGCGUACUACGAGUUGGAGGGAGAAUUUCCAGAGCACCAAUUUCCUUUGAUAGCAAACAUCCAAUGAUAGUACCAAAGGGACACCAUGCUGGGACGUUGCUCAUUGUCCAUUUUCAUGAGGCAACAGCACGUGCGGGCCAAGAGCAUGUCUUGUCUAGGAUUAGGCAAACCUUCUGGCUUGUAAAUGCGAGGAGAGAAGUACGCAAGAUCUUGAAGAAAUGCAUUGGAUGCAGAAAACGCAAUGCCAUACGGAUGAACCAACUCAUGGCUGACCUACCUGCUGUCAGACUUGUCACAUAUGAGCCUCCGUUCACCAAUAACGGAGUUGAUUAUUUUGGGCCGAUGCUCAUCAAGGCCGGACGAUCGUCUGUGAAACGCUGGGGAGUACUUUUCACCUGUCUAAACGUGAGGGCGGUACACUUGGAAGUUUCCAAUUCCAUGGACCUCAGCUCGUUUCUAAAUGCCUUCAGAAGGUUCAGCGGUCUCCGUGGGGAUCCGAAGCAAGUAUGGUCCGAUAAUGGGACGAACUUCGUCGGCGGUGAACGUGAGUUGCGGGAAGCGAUUAUGGGUUGGAAUCAGGAGCAAAUACAGAAGGAGCUUUGUCAGCGUGGUACAGAGUGGCAUUUCCAGCCCCCCUUGGCUCCCCAUAUGUCAGGGGUGUGGGAAAGUCUCGUUAAGUCGGUUAAGCGAGGGUUGAAAGUAGUCCUAGGCGAUAGAAAGGGAACCUCGCUGUAG